UGCAACUUCUUAGUCCAAAACUGACCAAACUUGUGUCAUAGAAAGAAUCUGCAGAGGGUGAUUGAAAAGAGAAGCCAACACAGCACACAUCUCUUGAAAUUUGCAGAGAAGAGAUUAAGAUGGAAUGGAAGAAAUACUAUUUGGAUGUGGCGUUGGUACCAUUGGGAUUUCUCAUAACCAUUGGUUAUCAUGUUUGGUUGUGGAAUAAGGUUCGUACGCAACCUUCUUCCACCAUAAUCGGAAUCAAUACUCAUGGAAGACGCUCAUGGGUCCCUUCCAUGUUGAAGGACAUCGAAAAGAAGAACAUUUUAGCAGUUCAAACUCUUCGUAACAUGAUAAUGGGAUCAACUCUUAUGGCGACGACAUCCAUUCUUCUCUCUGCUGGUUUGGCAGCUGUGAUAAGCAGCACUUACAGUGUGAAGAAGCCUCUGAAUGACGCUGUGUAUGGAGCCCACAGCGAGUUUAUGGUGGCACUCAAGUAUGUCACACUGCUAACCAUAUUCUUAUUCUCGUUUUUCUGUCACACCCUGUCGAUUAGGUUUUUCAAUCAAUUAAGCAUCCUCAUUUGCACACCACAAGAUGUCAUGUCCAUGGUCACACCCCAGUAUUUGACCGAGCUUUUGGAGAAGGGAACUCUUUUGAGCACUGUUGGCAACAGGCUCUUCUACUCAGCUCUUCCUCUUCUUCUUUGGAUCUUUGGGCCUGUCCUCGUUUUCUUGUCUUCUGUCGCCAUGAUACCAGUGCUUUACAACCUCGACAUUGUUUGUGGAACUGUCAAGACCAAGGUUGUCAAGAACGAGAAAGGGGAGAACUAUGUUUGAAAGUAAAUAUAGAUAAGGUAAUAAUAGUAAUAUGUUUAUAUAGGUCAUUAACUAGGUUGCAUCGUUUUACAACUUUAACGUUGUAAAGGUGUUGUGUUUUACUCGCACAGCCACAUGCUGAAGCGUUUUUUCCCUCAAUAAUUCAACUAGCUUUUUCUAAUGUAUCUUUCAUUGUGAUUAUCGUUAUUAGCUGUUGUCUAAUGGAAGCUUUUAUAUCCUUGGCCACUAAA